AUGGAAAUCAUUACGGAGAGGUUCUACUCGAACCUUUUCCGUCCAUUAACUCCUGUGUCAAGCCCGAUCAUCCCCACUGGUGAAGCUCCACCACGGAUUCUCCCUUCGGAAGUACGAGUCGCUAUCAAGAGCAUGGAACCUGGCACAGCCCCGGACCUGAUGUUGUAUCAGCAGUCUUUGUUCGGGCUAGUGGCUGUGCACUUCAUGUAA